AUGGCCCCUCCUCCAAAGCAAACAGCUCUGGGCUUCUGGACAUCCCCAGGACAGCUGGCCAACCAGGCCCACUCCCUUGGUGCCAGCAAUGAAGGUCCCUUCUCUGGCCCCCCUCAGCCUCCUGCACCCAUCCCCGGAGGGGCCAGCCCAGCUCAGCUGAGCACAGAGCAGGGUGACCACACCCAGGACUCAGGUGGCCCUGCCAACCCCGCAGGCUCUGAGUCAACACGGGGUUCCUGGAGGAAAGGAGGGCCCAUGUUUGCCCACGAACUCUGUCAUCUCCGGCCAGCGCCCACCUUGCCGCGCAUGUUUGCUGGAGGUGUGGGCAUCGCUUGUCACCCCGCUAAUCCUGAGCAAACGCAGCAGGGGACAGCCCAGGUUUGGGGCUCUGUGCGCCUGGAGAGCCUGUGUGCCCUGUUCUGCCAGACUCUCCACACAGCCAGCCCUGGUCAGUGUUCACUCCCAAUGCCUCCUGACUUCUACCAGGGCUGGGAGCUGGGCCUGAGGCAGCUGGUGACAGUGGCCUCUGGACCUGGCGAAGCGGGUUCUCUCCUUUGGGCCCAGCCACUCCUGGCCUCCAUCGACCAGCCCCCACUGGCCAGGCCUAGACAUGGCAGUGAGGGCGGGGAGGAGGAGGAGGCGGGCAGCCUGAGCACCCCAUCCCAGGGCCGGAUGCGCACGGGGAGCAGGUGUCCAGCCCGUGCUGAAACCUGUGCCACCUCGGGCCCAGUCCAGAGCCCAGAUCUGUGGGCCACAGGCAUAGCGGCAUCCGAAGACCACGGCAGUGAGAACCAUGGGAGCAGCAGCCACCUUUGCACCAGCCAGGUGGUGGAGGGCAGUGGCCGAGUGGGAGCUCUGAACCUCUGUGGCUCGGAGAGCAGCCCCAGGAUGGGCACAAGGAGCCAGUGCCCGGCACUGGCCUGGGCCCUCAUGGUCCUGCUCUCGGCACAGCAGGCAGCACAGGCCUUCCUGCUGGGUGGACACCACCUCCAGUCCAUGGGCUGGGAUCAGGGCCAGACAGAGACCCAGGGCAGUGAGGAGCCCAGCAGGAUGAGCAGGGAGGCUGUCACAGAUGGUCAGAGGAUGAAUGGCGUCCAGACCACACCCUCACCUACCCGGCGCUUGACCUUCAUCCCACCCAUCACCAUGUCUCCCAGCAUGAGCCCCCUGAACCCUGCACACAACGGGCGGGUCUGCAGCACGUGGGGUGACUUCCACUAUAAGACCUUCGACGGUGACAUCUUCCGCUUCCCCGGCCUCUGCAACUAUGUCCUGUCCUCGCACUGCCGCGCCGCCUAUGAGGACUUCAACAUCCAGGUGCGCCGAGAGCUCUUGGGCGCCAGGCCUACCAUCAGCCGCAUCGUCCUCAAGGUGGAGGGGCUGGUGCUGGAGGUCGCCAACGGCUCAGUGCUCAUCGACGGGCAGGGGGAGGAGCUGCCCUACAGCCGUGCUGGGCUCCUGGUGGAGCGCAGCAGCAGCUACGUUAAGAUCAGUGUCCGGAUGGUCCUGACCUUCCUCUGGAAUGGAGAGGACAGCGCCCUGUUAGAGCUGGACCCCAAGUAUGCCAAUCAGACGUGUGGCCUGUGUGGGGACUUCAACGGCCUCCCUGUCGCCAAUGAGUUCUACGCCCACAAUGUCAGGCUGACAGCGCUCCAGUUUGGGAACCUGCAGAAGCUGGACGGGCCCACAGAGCAGUGCCAGGACCCACUGCCCACCCUGGCUGAAAAUUGCACGAACGCUGGGGAUGCCUGCCGCCGCACCUUGCUUGGCUCUGCCUUCGCCCAGUGCAACAAGCUGGUGGACCCCGACCCGUACGUGGCCUCCUGUGCCCAGGACCAGUGUCGCUGCCCCAGCUGCCCAUGUGCCACCUUUGCCGAGUAUUCCCGCCAAUGUGCCCAUGCAGGGGGCCAGCCACAGAACUGGAGGGGCCCCAACCUCUGCUCCCAGACAUGCCCAGCUGGCAUGCAGCACCAAGAGUGUGGCUCGCCCUGCGCCGACACCUGCUCCAACCCUGAGCACACCCAGCUCUGUGAGGACCACUGUGAGGACGGCUGCUUCUGUCCCCCAGGCACGGUGCUGGAUGAUGUUACCCACUCAGGCUGUGUGCCCCUGCCUCAGUGCCCCUGCACCCAUGGUGGCCGCACCUACGCCCCGGGGGCUGCCUUCGCCACCAGCUGCAGCUCCUGCACCUGUUCGGGGGGACGGUGGCAAUGCAAGGACCUCCCAUGCCCGGGCACCUGCUCCGUGCAGGGGGGCGCCCACAUCACCACGUAUGACGAGAAGCUGUAUGAUCUACACGGGGACUGCAGCUAUGUCCUGUCCAAGAGAUGCGCUGACAGCGCCUUCACUGUGCUGGCCGAGCUGAGGAGGUGUGGCCUGACAGACACUGAGAGCUGCCUCAAGUCAGUGACGCUCAGCCUGCAGGGUGGGGACACGGUCAUCCGGAUCCAGGCCAAUGGUGCAGUGUUCAUGAACUCCAUCUAUACCCAGCUGCCAGUGUCAGCAGCCAACAUCAAGGUCUUCAGACCCUCAUCCUUCUUCGUUCUCGUGCAGACGGGGCUCGGCCUGCAGCUGCAGGUGCAGCUGGUGCCCCUCAUGCAGGUCUACGUCCGGCUAGACCCGGCCCACCAUGGCCAGAUGUGUGGCCUGUGUGGGAACUUCAACCAGAACCAGGUGGACGACUUCACAGCCCUCAGUGGGGUGGUGGAGGCCACAGGUGCCGCCUUCGCCAACACCUGGAAGACCCAGGCCGCCUGCCCCAAUGCCAAGAACAGCUUUGAGGAUCCCUGCUCCCUCAGCGUGGAGAACGAGAAAUACGCCCAGCACUGGUGUGCCUUGCUGACCCACCCCACUGGCGCCUUCGCCCCCUGCCACUCCAUCGUCAACCCUGCGCCCUUCCACUUGAACUGCAUGUUCGACACGUGCAACUGCGAGAAGAGCGAGGACUGCCUGUGCGCCGCCCUGUCGGCCUACGUGCACACCUGCGCUGCCAAGGGUGUGCUGCUGCAAGGCUGGAGGGACGGUGUCUGCACCAAGUACAUGAACAGCUGCCCCAAGUCACAGAGCUAUGAGUACGUGGUGGACACCUGCCAGCCCACCUGCCGCGCCCUCAGUGAGGCAGACGUCACUUGUGGUGUCUCCUUCGUGCCGGUGGAUGGCUGCACCUGCCCUGUGGGCACCUACCUGGAUGAUGCCGGCAUGUGUGUGCAUGCUGAGGAGUGCCCCUGCUACCUGCGCGGCACCAUGGUGGCCCCGGGCGAAGUCUUACAUGAUAACAGUGUGGUGUGCUCCUGCACUAGUGGGAAGCUGAGCUGCCUGGGAGCCCUGGAGCAGAGGAGCACAGGGUGCGUGGCCCCCAUGGUUUACAUGGACUGCACCAACGCCUCGGCAGGAAGCCUAGGGGCUGAGUGCCUGCGGAGCUGCCACACCCUUGACGUGGACUGUUACAGUACCCACUGUGUCUCCGGUUGUGUCUGCCCCACGGGGCUGGUGUCAGAUGGCAGCGGGGGGUGUGUUGCCCAGGAGGACUGCCCCUGUGUGCACAAUGAGGCCACCUACCAGCCUGGGGACACCAUCAGGGUUGACUGCAACACCUGCACAUGCAGGAACCGGAGGUGGGAGUGCAGCAGCCAGCCCUGCCUGGGCACCUGUGUGGCCUAUGGUGACGGGCACUUUAUCACCUUCGACGGUGAGCGCUACAGCUUUGAAGGCAGCUGCGAGUACAUGCUGGCCCAGGACUACUGCGGGGGCACCGCUACCACCAACGGAACCUUCCGGAUAGUCACCGAGAACAUCCCCUGUGGCACCACCGGCGUCACCUGCUCCAAGGCCAUCAAACUCUUCCUGGAGAGCUAUGAGCUGAUCCUCAUGGAGGGGCACCUGAAGGUGGUAGAGAGGGGGCCUGGUGGAGACCUCCCCUACAAGAUCCGCUACAUGGGCAUCUACCUGGUCAUUGAGAUCCGAAGUGGGCUGGUCGUGUCGUGGGACCGGAAGACCAGCAUAUUCAUCAGGUUGCACCCGGGCUACAAGGGGAAGGUGUGUGGGCUGUGCGGCAACUUCGACGGCAACGCCAUCAACGACUUCACCACGCGGAGCCAGUCGGUAGUGGGUGACGUGCUGGAGUUCGGCAACAGCUGGAAGUUCUCGCCGUCCUGUCCGGACGCCCGCGCCCCCAGGGACCCGUGCACUGCCAACCCAUACCGCAAGUCCUGGGCCCAGAAGCAGUGCAGCAUCCUCCAUGGGGCCACCUUCGCCGCCUGCCAGUCUCAGGUCGACUCCACCAAGUACUACGAGGCCUGUGUGAGCGACGCGUGCGCCUGCGACUCGGGCGGCGACUGCGAGUGCUUCUGUACGGCCGUGGCCGCCUACGCCCAGGCCUGCCACGACGCGGGCGUGUGCGUGUCCUGGCGCAGUCCUGAAGUCUGCCCCUUGUUCUGUGACUACUACAACCCCCGCGGGGAGUGUGAGUGGCAUUACCAGCCGUGCGGGGCCCCCUGCAUGCGGACCUGCCGGAACCCUAGUGGGCGCUGCCUCCUUGACCUGCCUGGCCUGGAAGGCUGCUAUCCCAAGUGUCCGCCCAGCAAGCCGUUCUUCAGUGAGGACCAGAUGAAGUGCGUGGCCCAGUGUGGCUGCUACGACGAGGAAGGAAACUACUACGAGGUCAGCUCGAAGGUGGCCACCGCUCAGAACUGCCAGAGCUGUACCUGCACCACCCACGGCAUCCAGUGCGACCACAGCCUCGAGGCCUGCACGUGCACCUACGAGGGCAGGACGUACGGCUACCAGGACGUGAUCUACAACACCACCGACGGGCUGGGCGCCUGCCUGGUCGCCAUCUGCGGGGACAACGGGACCAUACACCGCAAGGUCGUGGAAUGUUCCGGAACCCCUCCCACCACGCCGUUCGCCUUCACCACCACGGCGGGGCCUCCCACCAAGCCGUUCCCCUUCACCACGGCGGCGCCGGAGUCCACAGCAGUGGCUCCCACCGUGUGUGUGCUGGAGGUUUGCAGCUGGUCCAACUGGUACGAUGGCAGCCGUCCGGAGCCUGGGAUGGGAGGAGGCGACUUUGAGACAUUUGUGAACCUGAGGCAGAGGGGGUACCAGGUGUGUGAAGGACCGGCGGACAUCCAGUGCAGGGCAGAGCCCUUCCCUGACAUGCCCCUGGAGAAACUGGGCCAGAGGGUGGACUGUGAUCGCGCCAGGGGACUGACGUGUCUCAACCAGGAGCAGAGCCCCCCUCUCUGCCACAACUACCAGCUGCGGGUCCUGUGCUGUGCACUUGAGCCCUGCAGCCCCUCCACAACCCUGCGCACCAGCCCCCGGCCGUUCCCCAGUGUCACCACCCAGCCUGGAGCCACCACAGAAACCCCUGUGCCCACCCCCAGGGCAGAAACAUUUUCCCCCAUGUCCUUGCCCACCCCGACCCAGAUCAUCUCCACAAGAGAAACCACCCUGCAAUCGACCCCAAACUCCAAUCCCACCAGAACACUGACCUUGCAAACUCAAUCGACCUCAGCCAUGAUAACCUUAACCCAAUCGCUCACAAGCUCCAAGUCUCCAGGUGCCACCACCUGUCAGCUCAGGUGCCAGUGGACAGAGUGGUUUGAUGUGGACUACCCCAAGUCAGAGGAGGCUGGGGGUGACAUCGAGUCCUACGAUAAGAUCCGCAGAGCGGGAGGGGACAUAUGUGAGCAACCACAGGACAUAGAGUGCCAGGCUGAGAACCUCCCUAACAGUACUCUCCAGCAGGUGGGCCAGAGGGUCCACUGCGAUGCCAGCUUUGGCCUGGUCUGCAGAAACAAUGAGCAGAAAGGACCUUUCCAGAUGUGCUACAACUACAGGAUCCGUGUUCUGUGCUGCAGCCACUGUGGGGGACACACCACCAUACCACCCACCCAGACCCCCCUAGCUGGCACCACCACAGCACCAUUCCCCUCAACAGGGCCAACUUUUCAGCCCAGCUCCACCAACACGCUCACCACAUCCACCACCGGAGGCACAGGCACAGAGGCUCCCACGUCUCCCCCAGGGUCCCCUACACUUACCAGUCCAAAAGGCUCCACGUUGGUCCCUCCAACUCAUACCACCCUGCAUGCUACCACAGGGAGCAUCAGCACUUGGGGGACAUCCCAGGUGUCCACGCCAGUAUCGACAGCAAGAACAAGCCUCACUGAGCUCCCAUCAGCAGGAACAUCGCCAGGGGCCCAAAGCACCAGCUCAAAGGCAUCACAGCUAACCACGACGACAGCCACCACGGGCCAGGGGCCCACCCGCUGCCAGCCCAGGUGCGAGUGGACCGAGUGGUUUGAUGUGGACUUCCCCACCUCGGGGGUUUCUGGGGGCGACAUGGAGACAUUCGACAAUAUCCGGGCGGCUGGGGGAAAGAUGUGCAACGCGCCUGAGCAGAUUGAGUGCCGCGCGGAGAACUACCCUGAGGUGAGCCUGGACCAGAUCGGGCAAGUACUGCGCUGCAGCCUGCAGGAGGGGCUGGUCUGCAGGAACAAGGACCAGCAGGGCCCCUUCAACAUGUGCUUCAACUACAACGUGCGUGUGCUCUGCUGUGAUGACUACCAGCACUGCAGGGGCACGGAGGGGCCCACGUCCACCCCCGCACUUACCAUUACAUCCACCUCCAUGACCGAGAGGCCCACAUCCACCCCCACAUCCACCUCAAAAACGGCAGGGCCCAUGUCCACUCCCGCUUUCACCCCCACAUCCUCCUCCACGACGGCAGCCCCUGAGACCACCCCCAUCCCCACAUCCAGCACCACCACCACCAAGCCCUUUAGCUCAUCAAAGGUCCCAGAACCUUCAACCUCAGCCACCACAAACACUCAUCUGACCUCACCUGGCACCACUGAGUGGGUCACAGUCCUGACAACUUCUCAACCCACCACUGAGACCCUCACAACCACUGCUGAGACCACCACAACCACUGCCAGGUCAGCCUCACCCAGUGCACCCUCCACGUCUGCCCUGACCACCACACCAAUUGGCACGACCCAGGGAUCUAUGCCCACUUUGGAGACCACCAUCGUCUCUAGCCCCCCGACACCAGGCACCUUCACCAGCACCUCACCCACACCACCCGUCACAGGCUGUGAGCCCAGCUGUACCUGGACAGACUGGUUCGAUGAGAGCUACCCCAUACCCGGGCCCUCCGGGGGGGACUUUGAGACCUACGACAACCUGCGUGCAGCUGGCAUCACCUUCUGUGAGAGACCCGUGGACAUCCAGUGCCGCUCUGAGUCCCAGCCUCAAGUUCCACUGUCCAAAUUGGGGCAGGUGGUGCAGUGUGACCUGACCGUCGGGCUGGUGUGCCUUAACCGAGACCAGAGCAGCAGGUUCCAAAUCUGCCACAAUUACCAUGUCCGUGUCCUCUGCUGUGACAGUCACUGCCAGACCACCCCGCAUACCACCACCAUGUCUCCCACAGUGACCAGCCGAGUUCCUGGGUCCUCGUCACCCCCCAGCACUACGGCCCUGCCCUUGCCCUCCACCAGCCCCUUGACCCCCAGCACCGGCCCCACCUCAGCCCCCACCAGGUGCCAGCGCACUUGCUACUGGACAGACUGGCUGGACAGUGACCAGCCCCAGCCAGGCCGCUACGGGGGCGACAUCGAGACCUACUACCACAUCAAGGACACAGGAGGGCAGCUGUGUGAGGAGCCUGUGGCCAUUGAGUGUGAGGCCGUGCUGUACCCAGGCGUGCCGAUGGAGGUGCUGGGUCAGUCGGUGCUGUGCAAUGUGGAAUUUGGGCUCAUUUGCCGGAACCACAGGCAGACAGAGGGCCAGACCUGCCUCAACUACCACGUGCGUGUGCAAUGUUGCAAUGACUACAGCCACUGUGGGACCACAGCGGGCCCCACCACCACUCCCACCACAGUGGGCCCCAGGUCCACCGUCCCCACAGCAGGCCCCACGUCCACCACAACAGGCCCCAUGUCCACCAUCACCACAGUGGGCCACACGUCCACCGUCACCACAGCAGGCCCCAGGUCCACCACCACACCCACCCCUAUCACGGCCUCCCCCGCCACCACAGAGACCCCUGUCCACACCCGCACCUCCACCACAGCAGCCCCCAUCCCAACCUCAACAGCUACAACGGAGGUCGCCACCCCCACAACCACAUCGACCACCACCCUAACCAUAGGACCCUCAACUUCAGCCACCACACAGACUCGACCCAUCUCGCCUGGCACCACUGAGUGGAUCACUGUCCUGACCACAUAUAAGCCCACCCCUGAGACCACCACAGCCAUGGCUGAGACCCCCACAACUGCCACCAGGUUACCCUCACCCAGUGUGCCCGCCACACCUGCCCUGACCACCACACCAAUUGGCACAACCCAGGGAUCUAUGCCCACUUUGGAGACCACCAUCAUCUCUAGCCCCCCGACACCAGGCACCUUCACCAGCACCUCAGCCACACCACCCGUCACAGGCUGUGAGCCCAGCUGUACUUGGACAGACUGGUUCGAUGAGAGCUACCCCAUACCCGGGCCCUCCGGGGGGGACUUCGAGACCUACAACAACCUGCGUGCAGCUGGCAUCACCUUCUGUGAGAGACCUGUGGACAUCCAGUGCCGCUCCGAGCUGCAGCCAGACAGACCCCUGGGGGCCCUGGACCAGGUCGUGCAGUGCAAUGUCACCUUUGGGCUGGUCUGCAGGAACAGGGAGCAGCACAUGACCCCCAGGUACUGCCACAACUACCACAUUCGCAUGCUGUGCUGUGAGGACCGUGGUCACUGCCUCUCCACACCAGCAACCACAGGGACAACCCGCACAUCUGUAGUGGGAACCAGCAGGACCACCCCGCCACCCUCAACAUCUGGGACCACCAGCACCAGGACCACUCCACCACCCUCAACAUCUGGGGCCACCAGCACCAGGACCACCUCGCGAACCCCAACAUCUGGGACCACCAGCACCAGGACCACACCGCCACCCCCAACAUCUGGGAUCACCAGCACCAGGACCACCUCACCAACCCCAACAUCUAGGACAACCAUGGCCACCACACUACUCUCCAUUCCUAGCACCACCAGAACCAGGAGCACACCUUCAUCUCCCACACCACUGGCCACCAGCACUGGGAUCAGCACGUCACCCCUCACAGCUAGAGUCACCAGCACUGGGACCAUCUCACAACUCUCCACAACUAGGGUCACCAGCCCUGCGACCACCUCACAACCCCCUACAACUAGGGUCACCAGCACUGGAAUCAGCACGUCACCCCUCACAGCUAGGGUCACCAGCACUGGGACCACCUCACAACUCUCCACAACUAGGGUCACCAGCCCUGCGACGACCUCACAACCCCCUACAACUAGGGUCGCCAGCACUGGAAUCAGCACGUCACCCCUCACAGCUAGGGUUACCAGCCUUGCGACCACCUCACAACGCCCUACAACUAGGGUCACCAGCACUGGGAUCAGCACAUCACCCAUUACAACUAGGGUCACCAGCAAAAGGAGCACACCUUCAUCCUCCAUGCCUGGGGUCACCAGCACUGGAACCACCCUGCCAACUCCCACAACCAGGGUCACCAGCACUGGAACCACCCCACAACCCCGCACCCCAGAGACCACCAGCACUCUUCUGAGUACAACCCAGGAACCCACCACUGCCACUUCCAUAGCCACGUCAACUCCCAGUAUGACUCAGACCAUCACCCCCACGCUAACUACAUUGACCCCAGGACGAACAACCACUAAGUGUGAGCCUCGCUGCACCUGGACAGACUGGUUCGAUGAGAGCUACCCCAUACCCGGGCCCUCCGGGGGGGACUUUGAGACCUACGACAACCUGCGUGCAGCUGGCAUCACCUUCUGUGAGAGACCCGUGGACAUCCAGUGCCGCUCUGAGUCCCAGCCUCAAGUUCCACUGUCCAAAUUGGGACAGGUGGUGCAGUGUGACCUGACCGUCGGGCUGGUGUGCCUUAACCGAGACCAGAGCAGCAGGUUCCAAAUCUGCCACAAUUACCAUGUCCGUGUCCUCUGCUGUGACAGUCACUGCCAGACCACCCCGCAUACCACCACCAUGUCUCCCACAGUGACCAGCCGAGUUCCUGGGUCCUCGUCACCCCCCAGCACUACGGCCCUGCCCUUGCCCUCCACCAGCCCCUUGACCCCCAGCACCGGCCCCACCUCAGCCCCCACCAGGUGCCAGCGCACUUGCUACUGGACAGACUGGCUGGACAGUGACCAGCCCCAGCCAGGCCGCUACGGGGGCGACAUCGAGACCUACUACCAUAUCAAGGACACAGGAGGGCAGCUGUGUGAGGAGCCUGUGGCCAUUGAGUGUGAGGCCGUGCUGUACCCAGGCGUGCCGAUGGAGGUGCUGGGUCAGUCGGUGCUGUGCAAUGUGGAAUUUGGGCUCAUUUGCCGGAACCACAGGCAGACAGAGGGCCAGACCUGCCUCAACUACCACGUGCGUGUGCAAUGUUGCAAUGACUACAGCCACUGUGGGACCACAGCGGGCCCCACCACCACUCCCACCACAGUGGGCCCCAGGUCCACCGUCCCCACAGCAGGCCCCACGUCCACCACAACAGGCCCCAUGUCCACCAUCACCACAGUGGGCCACACGUCCACCGUCACCACAGCAGGCCCCAGGUCCACCACCACACCCACCCCUAUCACGGCCUCCCCCGCCACCACAGAGACCCCUGUCCACACCCGCACCUCCACCACAGCAGCCCCCAUCCCAACCUCGACAGCUACAACGGAGGUCACCACCCCCACAACCACAUCGACCACCACCCUAACCAUAGGACCCUCAACUUCAGCCACCACACAGACUCGACCCAUCUCGCCUGGCACCACUGAGUGGAUCACUGUCCUGACCACAUAUAAGCCCACCCCUGAGACCACCACAGCCAUGGCUGAGACCCCCACAACUGCCACCAGGUUACCCUCACCCAGUGUGCCCGCCACACCUGCCCUGACCACCACACCAAUUGGCACAACCCAGGGAUCUAUGCCCACUUUGGAGACCACCAUCAUCUCUAGCCCCCCGACACCAGGCACCUUCACCAGCACCUCAGCCACACCACCCGUCACAGGCUGUGAGCCCAGCUGUACUUGGACAGACUGGUUCGAUGAGAGCUACCCCAUACCCGGGCCCUCCGGGGGGGACUUCGAGACCUACAACAACCUGCGUGCAGCUGGCAUCACCUUCUGUGAGAGACCUGUGGACAUCCAGUGCCGCUCCGAGCUGCAGCCAGACAGACCCCUGGGGGCCCUGGACCAGGUCGUGCAGUGCAAUGUCACCUUUGGGCUGGUCUGCAGGAACAGGGAGCAGCACAUGACCCCCAGGUACUGCCACAACUACCACAUUCGCAUGCUGUGCUGUGAGGACCGUGGUCACUGCCUCUCCACACCAGCAACCACAGGGACAACCCGCACAUCUGUAGUGGGAACCAGCAGGACCACCCCGCCACCCUCAACAUCUGGGACCACCAGCACCAGGACCACUCCACCACCCUCAACAUCUGGGGCCACCAGCACCAGGACCACCUCGCGAACCCCAACAUCUGGGACCACCAGCACCAGGACCACACCGCCACCCCCAACAUCUGGGACCACCAGCACCAGGACCACCUCGCCAACCCCAACAUCUAGGACAACCAUGGCCACCACACUACUCUCCAUUCCUAGCACCACCAGAACCAGGAGCACACCUUCAUCUCCCACACCACUGGCCACCAGCACUGGGAUCAGCACGUCACCCCUCACAGCUAGAGUCACCAGCACUGGGACCAUCUCACAACUCUCCACAACUAGGGUCACCAGCCCUGCGACCACCUCACAACCCCCUACAACUAGGGUCGCCAGCACUGGAAUCAGCACAUCACCCAUUACAACUAGGGUCACCAGCAAAAGGAGCACACCUUCAUCCUCCAUGCCUGGGGUCACCAGCACUGGAACCACCCUGCCAACUCCCACAACCAGGGUCACCAGCACUGGAACCACCCCACAACCCCGCACCCCAGAGACCACCAGCACUCUUCUGAGUACAACCCAGGGACCCACCACUGCCACUUCCAUAGCCACGUCAACUCCCAAUGUGACUCAGACCAUCAUCCCCACACUAACUACAUUGACCCCAGGACGAACAACCACUAAGUGUGAGCCUCGCUGCACCUGGACAGACUGGUUCGAUGAGAGCUACCCCAUACCCGGGCCCUCCGGGGGGGACUUCGAGACCUACAACAACCUGCGUGCAGCUGGCAUCACCUUCUGUGAGAGACCCGUGGACAUCCAGUGCCGCUCCGAGCUGCAGCCAGACAAACCCCUGGGGGCCCUGGACCAGGUCGUGCAGUGCAAUGUCACCUUUGGGCUGGUCUGCAGGAACAGGGAGCAGCACAUGACCCCCAGGUACUGCCACAACUACCACAUUCGCAUGCUGUGCUGUGAGGACCGUGGUCACUGCCUCUCCACACCAGCAACCACAGGGACAACCCGCACAUCUAUACACCAGGACCACUCCACCACCCUCAACAUCUGGGACCACCAGCACCAGGACCAGACCACCACCCCCAACAUCUGGGACCACCAGCACCAGGACCACUCCACCACCCUCAACAUCUGGGACCACCAGCACCAGAACCAGACCACCACCCCCAACAUCUGGGACCACCAGCACCAGGACCACUCCACCACCCUCAACAUCUGGGACCACCAGCACCAGGACCACUCCACCACCCUCAACAUCUGGGACCACCAGCACCAGGACCACUCCACCACCCUCAACAUCUGGGACCACCAGCACCAGGACCACUCCACCACCCUCAACAUCUGGGACCACCAGCACCAGGACCACUCCACCACCCUCAACAUCUGGGACCACCAGCACCAGGACCACCCCGCUACCCCCCACAUCUGGGACCACCAGCACCAGGACCACCCCGCUACCCCCCACCUCUGGGACCACCAAUACCAGGACUGCCCCACGACCCCCGACUUCUGGGUCACCAGCACCAGGACCACACCUUCAUCCUCCACACCUGGAGUCACCAGCACUGGGACCACCCCACAACCCCCCAAAACUAGAGUCACCAGCACUGGGAUCAGCACGUCACCCCUCACAACUAGGGUCACCAGCAAAAGGAGCACACCUUCAUCCCCCACGCCUGGGGUCACCAGCACUGGGACCACAUCACAACCCCCCAUACCUGAGACCACCAGCACUCUUCUGAGCACAAGCCAGGGACCCACCACUGCCACAUCCAUAGCCACACCAACUCCCAGUGUGACUCUGACCUCGACCCUGGUGACCAUCAUCCCCACGCUGACUUCAUCGACCCCAGGACGAAUGACCACUAAGUGUGAGCCUCGCUGCACCUGGACGGACUGGUUCGAUGAGAGCUACCCCAUACCCGGGCCCUCCGGGGGGGACUUCGAGACCUACAACAACCUGCGUGCAGCUGGCAUCACCUUCUGUGAGAGACCGGUGGACAUCCAGUGCCGCUCCGAGCUGCAGCCAGACAGACCCCUGGGGGCCCUGGACCAGGUCGUGCAGUGCAAUGUCACCUUUGGGCUGGUCUGCAGGAACAGGGAGCAGCACAUGACCCCCAGGUACUGCCACAACUACCACAUUCGCAUGCUGUGCUGUGAGGACCGUGGUCACUGCCUCUCCACACCAGCAACCACAGGGACAACCCGCACAUCUGUAGUGGGAACCAGCAGGACCACCCCGCCACCCUCAACAUCUGGGACCACCAGCACCAGGACCACUCCACCACCCUCAACAUCUGGGGCCACCAGCACCAGGACCAGACCACCACCCCCAACAUCUGGGACCACCAGCACCAGGACCACCCCGCCACCCCUGACAUCUGGGACUGCCAACACCAGGUCAGCUGCUUCACCACCCACACCAGUGGCCACCAGCACUGUGGCACCACCAACAUCACUGCCGGGCACUCAGAGCUCUCAAACACCUUCGGGCCUCCCCGGCAGCCUGCCCACAUUCAGCGUGUCCACUUCAUCUAGUCCUGUCCUCACCACAUUCAGGCCCACUUCCUCGCCCAGCUUGACCUCCACCAUUCGCUGUUAUUGCCAUGCGUUCGGCACUCUCUUUUCCCCAGUUUUCUCCUCCCCAGGGGACAUUGUGUACAAUAAAACUGAUGGGGCUGGCUGCCACUUCUAUGCCAUCUGCAAUCAGCAGUGUGACAUCAACCGCUUCCAGGGCUCCUGUUCCACUACCUCUCCGCCUGCCUCCUCCUCCUCCAUGGCACCAUCCUCUACCCCCGUCACCACGCCCCAACCCUCCCCUGCUCCAGGGUGCAACCACACCACCCCUCCGCGACAGGUGAACGAGACCUGGACCCUGCCAGACUGCACCGUGGCCAGGUGCGAGGGUGACAACCACAUCAUCCUGCUGGAGCCGAAGCCCGUGGCCAACAUCACCUGUGCAAACCAGCACCAGCCAGUCAAAGUGGUGAACCAGAGCUACCCCUGCGACUACCACUAUGAGUGCGAAUGCAUCUGCACUGGCUGGGGUGGCUCCCACUACUCCACCUUUGAUGGCACCACCUUUUCUUUCCUGGGCAACUGCACCUACGUGCUCCUGCGGGAGAUCCGCCCCCACCACGGGAACCUAAGCAUCCUGAUUGACUACCAGUAUUGUGCGGCCGCUGCCGUGGGUGCUACCCGCUGCACCCGUGCCCUCCUCAUCUACUACCUGUCCAUGGAGAUCGUCCUCACCGUCACCGAACGUGGCGGGGAGAUGCACAGCCUGAUCCUGUUUGAAGGUGAACGCGUCAGCCAGGGCUUCAGCAAGAACGGCGUGAGCAUCUCCGAGACCGUGGCUGGCACCAUGGGGGUGGUGGACAUCCCUGCCAUCGGCGCCUACAUCUCCUUCAACGGGAACUUCUUCCAGGCCCGACUGUCUUACAGCCAAUUCAGCCACAACACAGAGGGCCAGUGCGGCACCUGCACCAACAGACAGGUGGAUGACUGCCGCCGGCCAGAUGGCACCAUGGCACCCACCUGCAAGGACAUGGCCCACCACUGGCUGGUCCCCGAUGGCAGCAAGGAGGGCUGCCUGGAACCAACCACCCUGCCCUCAACCACCACAUCCACCCCACCCGUGAUGUCCACUUCAUCCACUAAGCCCACCUCCACCUCAUGCCCCCCGGCCCCCCUCUGCGAGCUGAUCCUGAGCCCGAUCUUCGCUGAGUGCCAUAGCCUUGUCCCACCCAGCAAGUUCUUUAGCGCAUGUGUCAGCGAUGGCUGCCUGGGGGACCACCCAAAGUUGUACUGUGAGAGCCUGGAGGCUUAUGCUGCACUCUGCCGCACCCAGGGCGUGUGCAGUGACUGGCGUAAUGCCACCAGAGGGUUGUGCGACCUCACCUGUCCACCCACCAAGGUAUACAAGCCAUGUGGCCCUGUGCAUCCUGAGACCUGUAACUCCAGGAACCAAAGCCCCCUGAGCUCAGGGCUGGCGGAGGGCUGCUUCUGUCCCGACGGUGAGACCCUCUUCAAUGCAUACACCGGCGUCUGUGUGCCUAAGUGCACCUGCGUGGGGCCAGACGGGUACCCCAAAUUCCCAGGAGAUCAGUGGUUCAGUAAUUGUCAGGCCUGUGAGUGUGAGAAGAGCACGGUGACUGUGCAGUGCAGGCCAGUGCAGUGUGAGGCCCAGGAAGAGCCCAGGGAGUGCAGCCGAGCUGGCUUUGUGAAUGUGAUCAGGCCCCGGGCCAACAACCCAUGCUGCCCCGAGACCCUGUGUGUCUGCAACACGACAGCCUGCCCCCAGGACCCGCCCAAGUGUGAGCCAGGCUUUGAGCUGAUUCGAACCCAGGAGCAGGGUGGCUGCUGCCCUACUUUCCACUGCUGGCCUCAGUUCUGCACCUACAAUGGGACCUUCUAUGGGGUUGGAGCAACCUUCCCAGGGGUCAAGUCCUGCCACACAUGCACCUGCCUGUCAAGGGGCACUGAGGCCCCAGAUGUGCUGUGCGAGGAGGAUGCCUGCAAUACCACCUGUCCCCAGGGCUUCCAGUACAGGAAGGCGACCGGGCACUGCUGCGGAGACUGUGAGCCCAUUGCCUGCCUCACGCCCGACAGGCAGCCGGUGCAGCCCAACGACACGUGGGUCAAUCGCAGCGUGGACAACUGCACGGAGUACCGCUGCGAGGCCGUAGAUGGGCGCCUCGUGUUGGUGCCGCAGCCAGCACCAUGCCCGGAGGUGUCGACCUGCAGGGGGGUUCUCCGGAAAAGUGGGUGCUGCUACUCCUGUGAGGAAGUAGACAAGUGCCAAGUGAGAGUCAACAGGACAGUCCUGAGGCACCGCGACUGUGAGACCGAGGCCGCUGUCAGCCUCACCUUCUGCGAGGGCUCCUGCCCCGGGGUGUCCAAGUACUCGGCGGAGGCGCAGGCCAUGGAGCGCCACUGUGCCUGCUGCCAGGAGACCAGGACGCACGAGGAGGCAGUGACCAUGUGGUGUCCUGACGGGACGCGAAUCUGGCAUACCUACAUCCACGUGGACGAGUGCAGCUGCAGCCUGUCCUGCGUUCCCACAACUGUGCCCCAGGCUCCCAUGGACAGCUCUACCCUCUCAUAGAGGCCCCACUGCCUGACAACAGAGUGCCCCCUGGAGCCAGAACAUGUUUACCACGGACACCUCAGGGGCUGCUCCUAGAGCCCACCUAACCUGCUGGGCUCCCACUGCCCUUCUUCAGAGCCCCUCCCCCAUGUCCCGACCUGGACUUACUCUUUCCUGGUGACAGAGGGACACCUGGAAGCAAAGCUGAGCAUCCUCCACAGGCACCCCCAGUGCAGGCAGCAAGUGCCCAUGGCUUCCCUGCCAGCCACGGCCACCACAGAGCAGACCGAACGCCUGCCCAGGCAGGGGGCCGCCCGCUCCUGUGGGUGAGGCCAGAUGGCUGAGGGGGCUGAGAGGACCAGGCGGUGGAGGGGCCGGCACCCAGACAGC